AAAAGGAAUGUAUAAUCAAUUUUGAUUAAUUGAUGAGAGUAAACACAAAAGAGUUUAUGAAAAAUCAUACUCCCCCUAUUUUUAUAGUUAGAUUUUCUAGAUGUUUUACACACAUUAAAAUAAUAAAUACACAUUUUUCUAAUCAAUUUGUGUUUAAUCUUCACUCUAUUUUUACUAAUUAUUUGUUGGAAUUUUUUUUUGUAUUUAAACCAUUUUCCACUUACCGUGUAUUCACACUUAUUUCUAACCAUUCAUGUUUUUGAAGAGUAAAUUUUAUGUUCACUCAAGAAUUUGUAUUUAAGUAAAUCAUUGUAAAAGUAAAUGAAAUUUAGUUGAUUUAUCCUUUUUUAAUGAACAUUAAUAUACAAAAUCCAUCUUUGCGGGAUAAGAAAAAAUUCAAAAAAAAAACUAAUUUCAUGAACAAAAUGAGUAUUAGACUCAAAUAAAGAAAAAGAAAGAAGAAAAUUCAUCAUUUUCUUAUUCAAUGAAAAUUGAUGAGGAUGAUAUUAUCAUUAAUAUCUUCUUGGCAGAUGAUCGGUCUAUAAGCGGUUGCAACUUGAUGAUUAGACGAUUUAACGACUUCGACAAGAAUUGUGGCGAUGGUUUAUAGAGUCGCAUGUUUUUUUAAUGAUUUUUGUAUUUUUAAAUAAAAGAUGUUUUGGACAAGCCCGCCAUGGGAUAUUACAUUUUUGACGAAUGUAUACAUGUGAUCAUUUUCGAACACUGCAUAUUCCUUGAGAUUUUACUACAGAGAACCUUACAUUUACGACCAAUGUAUUCAAUAAUCUAGAGAUUACAGAGCUUUUGCAAAAGGAUUAAUGGCUUGGUUUAUUUGGGAUCGACUAGUUUAAUGCAACCUAGAGUUGAUGAUCAAAAGAAGGGUAUUGAUAGUUACUUAGUUGCCAAGUAUGGUCACAAGUGGGCCAGAACAAGAACCGCUGCCGAUAAUUUGUGAUCGAACGAGCAACAUUCUUUCAAUGUUUACAAAAAAUGUCAGUCUACGAUAAUCUAAACAUCGUAAUCAAAAUCAUAGCAACGGUGAAGAUGGCCACGAAGAAGGGUUUGAUGGACAGAGUAUCGUCUUGGUCAGCUCAAGGAAAAGAUUGCAAAGCUCAGACACAACCGUUAGAGCCUCCAAAAUUAAAGUUCAACUUCUUAUAAUUAUAGUUGUAUACAAACUUGUGCUCCUUGUAGAUGAAUCACAGUAUCAGACUCUUCAUUUUUAUUUUUUGUAACUCUCUUCCAUAUAUACCAAACAGGGUUCUAGUGGAGGUGGAGAUGGGUUUGAAGUUAACGCAUGUCAUGGACAUGUUCUUAUUGGCUUUCCAAGGUCCAUCUUUAAUCUCUAUACUCACAUGUAUAUAUGUAUUUAUUUCAGUCAUGGACGUGUUGAACUUAUUGGAUGUACUUUUUUGUAACUCUCUCCCAAAAUCCUUUGCAUCAUUUUCUUCUUGAAACUGUUUGAUUCUCAUGUUAUUGCUGUAGGAAAGUCCUCUGACCUUGUGUUGAUGGUUCUUGAUGCCUCCAAAGUAAAAUUUUAGUUCUCAAUGAUUUUUUAUUUGUCGCUGUUUCUUUAUCUCUAUUUGGUUUUCCUUAGAGUGAAGGUCACAGGCAGAUUAUGACUAAUAUUGGCAGGUUUACCGAAGGGUGAACACAAGAAUAAAUCUCAUUAUAUUGCAUCAAACCGUGUAAAAAUUGUGUGUAUUGGAUUCAAUUCAUGUUUAUUACAUGUGUGUGUCUAUUUAAGCGGAUUAUACAUAUGGAUUAAAAAUAGUUGCAUGUGUAUACAGGAUUGAAAGAGAACCGAAAAUGUGCGUACAAAAUCAAAUCCAAAUAUAUAUAUAUAUAUAUAUAUAUACAUAUAUAUGCAUUUGUAUGAAAGUAAUUUGUGAAAAUUGUUGACUAAUAACAAAAAUGGUGAAAUUUGGAAUAAAAGUAAUGUUAGAACCAAAUAACUUUUUUCACUAUAUAAAGCCAAUGCAUAAUCUUUCACACCCAAAAUUUUCCUCUCUUCUAACAUAUAUAUAAAAAAUUAUUUUUUUCUAUGAUAAGUAUGUUUUCUUAAAAGGAAAAGGAAACCGAGAGGCUAUAAAUAUGGGUCUAAGUUAUUGUAAAGUUAUUCAUUCACAUAAUAAUAUACAAACCCUAAAUGGAUAUUGCCUCAAUCGUUUAUGCUUUCUUUGUUUUUUCCAAGUUUUGAUUCGUGUUUAUUCACAACCAAAUCACUUCCCCUGUUUACAUUUUCCCUCAUUAUUUAAGCUCCGGAGCCGUGACACAGGUCUGAAACGAGCUUGGUUCGAACCGGCCACAUGGAGCGAGAAGAGACGCCACUGUCGAACUCGGUCUCGGUCUCAGCAUUCUCCUCGGGCUCAGGACUCUCACGUUCAUGGUCUCGGUUAUAAAGUUAUAUAAAUUGUUAUAUAUAAUAUUUUAUUAAUGAUUUAUUUUUAAAAGAAAUAGUAUAUAUAUUUUCUUAAUUGAAAAAUUGGUGUUACAUUGUAGAAAAAUUGGUUUUGUCCACACGUGUCUUUUCAAUUCCUAUUCACAUUCACUAAAUUGAAAUGUAAAAGUCCAAAACCAUUGACCAAACAUAUAUCAUGCGAGUAUACAGUUUGUAAAUUAAUAAUAUCUGGUGUUUGUGCCAUUAUUGACUCUGCUGCAUUUUUCGUGAACCAAGCUUAGCAUUCUCCUUCCACAUUUCUUCCAAGCUCAAGUGGAUCUCUAUCAAUUCCUCUGAAUAAUUUAUCAUUUCUAACUUUUUAAAGAUACCAUAUUAUCCACUUAUAAUGAUCUCUAUUGAGCUUAAGAUCUUCAAUAUUAUAUUUUGCCAUACAAGAUAAUCCUUAUUGGUGUAUACACUCGAAACCUGAAAUAAGUUUGGAUGAGAAAGUGUAUUUGAUAAGGUCCAAGUUUUUCUAUCUAGGAGGUAUUCAAAAAUGGCAUGAGUAACAAAUUUAUCAGGUAUCUAACACUAUCUGAACCCAAACUAAAACACUUACUUUGGGUCAGGUUCGGUUUGGUUUGGAUAUUGGUUAUUAUGUCAGGCCUAAUCACAUCUAUGACUAAUGUAAGAGUUCUUGUUACAACUACAUUUCAUGUUAGUAGCUGCCAAGAUGACGCAUUUUCUUAGGAGCAUUAAGCGUGGAGUUUAGUAAUACUAGGCUCCGAAUAUACAACCUCAAUUUAGAGCUUCAGGAUAUUGCUAACAACCCAGUAUCUUUAUUUAACAAUAUAUUGUACACUCUUUGUAAAGCUCCAACAAUAUCGCGAUGUCUAGUUUGGCUUAUGGCCAAGCUCCAAAUUAAGGGUAUAUCUUCUGGAACAACAAAACUUUCGAGAAUUUCCACAUCCUAAUCCUUCAAAUUACUCUAAUAAAAUCAGUGACUGUCAUUUUGGGAUGAAUUAUCGCGGAGCGUUAGGUAUGUCCAACCUAGGUAAAGUUGGAAUCCAAGGAUCCUCCCAUGCAUUCACCUCCUAACCUGAAUGAUUCUUCUGUCUAAUUUCCAACAACAAUAAUUGCGUUGCAGCUGAGAGGAUAGUCCAUAUAUAUGAAGGGAUAUUUUAAAAACUUUUUCUCAAAAGCGAAUUUAGUCUAUAAUAUUUACCACACAACAUCCGAAACCGUUAAAAUCAAGAGAUUGUACUAAACUCUAUAAUUAUUUUGCCAAUUGUGUAUAGAGCAACAUUUUCAAGAUUUAUAAAUUUCUAAGUAAAUAAUAAAUUGGAUUAUGAAAUAAUCACACUUCUCUCAAUUCACAUCUAAUACAAAAUUCAAAAUAAAAAGAUAUUUUUUUCAGAAGAGACAUAAAAAUAUAUUGUUUUAAUCUUGAAAAUAAAAUAUAAUUGUACUUCCUUUUGUUGGCUCAGGAAAAUGUUAAUUGGUUUUGGACUGGACAUAUUUUAGACUGGGCAAAUAAAUAUGUUUGGACUAAGAUGAGUUUAAAUUGAUUAAUCGGCUAAGCAGGCUUGCUUGUUACUUGGUCGUAAUUUCAAUUCCAUGUAUUCCAUGGUAUUUAAACGACCCAGUGAUUUAUUCAACCAUAAAAAAGGGUAGUGGGUUGUCUUUUUUUCCCGUAGAGAUGAAUGCUCCGGUGGCCAGCGUGGUCUUACCCAGGUGACUUUCUAUAUUGGAGCCGAAGCUCCCUCAAGUAAUCACCACUGCAUCAGCGCGCUGGUUGAUUUAUUCAACCAAAUUUAAAAAGUUCUCACCACAUCCAAUUAAGCGAAUAAAUGAGCUUUAGAACCAGCAAUCAAGAAAAACGUUUUUCAUGGGGAUGAGGAAUUGCAUGGAUAUCUCUCCAUUAAAUCUCAUGGUUUGACCGAAAAGUUUUUACCAAUAUUGUGAACAUUUUAUAAGUAUUCAGUCUAGUUUUUAUCUAAAAAGAACCAACUAAAUAUUAUAUUUUGGUUACGCGUCCCUUGGUUUUUUUUUAUUAUGUACUUAUUUUAUUAGAAAAUACAAAAAUUUAAAACGAUUUAAAUACAAUUUUUAAAUAAAAAGGUGGUGUUAUUUAGCAAAAUGUGAAACUAAUGAAGAACAAGAACGAAAUUCUGUUUUGUUUCUUUUCUCUAAACAGUUCUAUAGAAAUAUGCCACGAAUAAAAAAUUAAUCCUCACACGUUAGUUUCUACGAAAAGAAUUGAAUUUGAUUUCUUCUUUAAUUCAUAACACGAUUUUAAUGUGGAAAAAUUAUAUUAUUUUAAUAUAGUUUCAACACUUAUAAAAUAAUUCACCAACCACAACACCAAACUUUAUACUAAGAAUUUUUAUAUUAUUAUACUACUAAAUUAUAAUUUUGUUAUUAUUUAAUAUUUAAAAUACAAAUAAUUAUUAUUAUAUAAUAUUAGUACAUAAAAAUAAAUUACAAUAAAAAUAUUUCAAAAUAAGAUAUUUAUUAUUUAAUAUAUUAUAAUAUUUAUAUAACAGAUUUAAAUAAAUUAUUUCAGUAUACAUAAUAUUUUACUAUAAAUAUUCAGUUAUAUUUUAUAUGUGUUUAUUUUCUUAAUUAAAUAACUCUUGUAACACACCACAUUCUCUAAUUAUCUUAAAUUAUUCAUUUAAUAGUUAAUUACUUAACUAAUUAGUAACAAAUAUAUUAUUAUUUUUUGUCAAUAUGACACUAAUUAUGCGGAAAUUAUAUUCAAUCAAACAAUUAAAUCGGGGCACUGAGUUAAGAUCAUUUGUAAUGGUACACAAAAAUGUUCUCUAUAUUUUACUCUAAAAUAGAGUAAUUUUACUAUAGAAUUCGAUUUGUUCCAGUGAUUCACUCUAUAAUAGAGUUACUUUAUAAUAGAACUACUUUAUAAUAGAGGGAAAUAUAGAGUAAUAUUAUUCUUUUACUAUAUAUUUAGAGUAAAAAAACAGCAUUACUCUAUAUUUCACUUAUUAUAGAAUGAAUCAUUGGAGAAAAUCUAACUCUAUAAUAUAAUUAUUUUAUUUUAAAGUAAAAUAUAAAAAUAAUUUUUAUGUGCUAUUGGAGAUGCUCUAACAUACAUCGCAUCUGAAAGUGGAUCCCAAGCAUCACGUCAUUUUUAUGUGCCUUCUGUAUAUGUUGAAUCGUUAAAGUGUGGAAAAAAAAAUUUAUAUCGUUCAAAUUCUCUAGAAAAAGUUGGUCAAUACUUGGGUUAAUACACCAUUUUCACCAUCUAGAAGUAGUCUUUUUCAAAUAUUAUCAUUAUAUUGUAAAAUACUCAAUGGAGUGUUUCACCACUAGGUAGAAUAUUUCCAAUGUAAAACUAUUUAUUUUUCUCUAAAAUAGAACAACAUAAAAGCAAAAGAGUAUCUCUUAUCCUACUCUAUGUUGUGUCAAGAUUCUUUUUCCUUGAAGAUCCAAACUUAUGUCGUUUUACGAGGUUUUGCACAUAAAAACUAUUAAUUAUAUGACAAGCAAAUGAAAUUGUGAUGUAUCUUAUCACUGCCCUAAACACGUGUAUAAAAUUUAUAUAAGCUUGAAAAAGUAUAACCAAACUAAAUAUCAAUAUUAUAUAAAUAAUGAUUAAACAAACCUAAAAACCCGCCUGCAGCAAUAUAUUCUAGUGGCCCUAUAUUCUAUUUGGUAUGUUUGGUUCAAUUAUUGUUAAAUCUUGCAAUGACAUUCAUAAAACUCAAAAAUAACUAUAUGUGUUUUUCUCUCUGAUCUUACAAAUUUGAAGCCAAUACAUAUUAGAACCCCAUCACAUGACAAAAGAAAAUGGGAAAUGAAAACAAAGUCUAGAUAAAAGAAAAGAAAAAGACAGAGGGGUGAAAGGUGGAGAAGGUGGUGGCGUGUAGUAACGAAAUCUCUGUCAAUUUUUUGAUAAUUUUAAUCAUGUACUAUGCUGACACUCCAAGAUUUGAAACAGCCUUAUCUAUAUAAUAUCCAAAUUUUAAUUAAAAUAAAAGGAAAACUCUUCAUUGUCCGAAUUACUAGUGUAUGCGUCUAAUAAUCCCUUACUACAAGUCCACAGUAUAUUGUUUCGAUUAGUCGUUGUAUCCACAAUUAAUAAUAUGGUUCCCAAACGCAAUAAUAAUAUAUAGAAAAAAACAAGAUCCUAGACAAAAUAAAAGACUCAUAAAUAAAAAGAUACAAUCUGCAUCAUCUCUUAUAUUUUCAUCACUGACAGGGAAUACCACUGCACUUUUUCUCAUGCACGCACGCAUACUCGGAUAAUAAAAACCACGGACGCUUCAUGAUUAAUUUGGGUUUUUAAUUCGUUUAAUUAAAAAACCUCGACUCUGUAAAACAAACUAUAGAUAAACUAAAAAGUGAUGUAAUAAUCUACUUUUGGCUUUGCUCUCUUUACUACAAGACAAGGUAGAGAAAACCCCCAGAUUCCUAUGAGAGAAUAGACGUACCUGUCUUUUUAUUACAAUUAUUAUGGUCUCUACGAUCUUUUUUUGUUAAUUUAACUACAAAAAAACUCCAUAUAUUUCGCCGUUUUUGUUCUAUCAAAUCCCAAUGUAUAAAUAUAUACUAAUAAACAAAAUAAAAUAUCGUCGACAUUAUAACCACAUCCUCACUCAAGAACCAUCUAUAUCCGUAUCCGUGUAUCCUCCCCUUCAAAACAGUUUGUGUCUCCUUAGGGUUUAAUAUUUCUCUCCCAAAAAGUUUUAACAUCAGUUCUUCAUGGACAUUCCACUUUACCACUAUGACCACGGCGGAGACAGCCAAUAUCUUCCGCCAGGUUUCAGGUUUCAUCCCACAGAUGAAGAACUCAUCACCCAUUACCUCCUCCGCAAGGUUCUUGACGGUUGCUUCUCAAGCCGCGCCAUUGCAGACGUUGAUCUCAACAAGUGCGAGCCUUGGCAACUUCCCGGGAAAGCUAAGAUGGGAGAGAAAGAAUGGUACUUUUUCAGCCUCCGUGACCGGAAGUAUCCGACGGGAUUGAGAACGAACAGAGCAACGGAGGCUGGUUACUGGAAAGCUACCGGAAAAGACCGAGAGAUCUAUAGUUCAAAGACUUGUGCACUUGUUGGGAUGAAGAAAACUCUUGUCUUUUAUAAAGGAAGAGCUCCUAAAGGAGAGAAAACUAAUUGGGUUAUGCAUGAAUAUCGUCUUGAAGGCAAAUUUUCUUAUCAUUUAAUCUCUAGAAGCUCAAAGGACGAAUGGGUGAUAUCUAGGGUUUUCAAGAAAACCGGUUUAGCCAAUACCGGGGCCUCCGGGGGAGAAGCAAGUGCUAGCGUAAGCAGCUGUACCGGUGGGUCUAAAAAGACGAAAGUACCCUCAACCAUCUCCACAAACUACCGUGAGCAACCAAGCUCUCCUUCCUCCGUCUCACUCCCUCCUCUCUUUGACCCCACCACAACACUCGGCUAUACCGACAGCUGCUACUCCUACAACAGCCGUAGCAGCAAUACAACCCUCACAGCCACUGCGAUAACCGAGCACGUGUCCUGUUUCUCCACUGCCACGACUACUACUGCCUCAGGCUUAGAUGUUAACGUUGACUCAUUCAACCAUCUUCUACCGCCUGCUCCGCCUGGGUUUGACCAUUUUUCUCGUUUUGUCUCUAGAAACGUUUCAACUCUAUCUAACAUAAGGUCGUUCCAAGAGAACUUCAAUCACUUUCCUUACUUUGGUUCGUCUUCUGCAUCGACCAUGACCCCCUCCGUUAAUUUGCCUUCUUCCCACGGUGGCACCGGAAUGAACUACUGGCUACAGACAACCGCGGAAGAGAACGAGACAAAGGCUGGUCUACUUAAUGGUGGACUAGAUUGCGUAUGGAAUUACUAAUCAAAAGAGGCGUUAACUACAUAAGUGUGUUCCCUUCAAGGUUUUCUUAAAAAAAAUCCUAGGACGGUUAUGAUAUAUCUAAGUGUGAUAAGGAGCUUAAUAAUAUGCCCCUAGCUUGAUUUUUCGUUUAAUUAUGUAGCUUUUAAGUGUAUCGUCCGUGUUAGUUUAAGUUAAGAAAAGUGUUAAGUGGACUACUUAAAGUAUGUAAAAGCUAUCGUCGUUAUGUAUCAAUGUUUAUCAUCAUGUUAAUUUCAUGGUGUCACUAUAUUGAUAUUUCCCAUGACUCUGGGCAUUGAACACGUUGUGUCAAUCGUAUAUAAUCCGACAUAAUGAAUUCAAUUAAUCGAUAGCCUUUUAUGUACAUUGGUUUCGUCUUGAAGCCAAGGCAGAUUUGAUAUGGCGGUUAUCAUAACCGGGUUAUGCAUAGGUUUCUAGAACUAAACUAUAUGGCGUAUUUCCCAUUAUCUUUUCCGAUAGUAAAACGUAUGGUAACCUGUUUAGAUGAUUGCCCAUUAUUAGCUAAACGUAUGUGGCUAGUAAUUUAUGCAAUAAAAGAUGAUCCAAUGUAACACGACGUGUAUGUAGAGCUGUUCGUUAAUGUUAAUGUAUAACUUCUCUCGGUUCACAUCAUGUACACAAAAUUUCAAGUUUUAAUACCAAGUAACAAGUAUAAGUACUUUCUAAUGUAAUACAGUGGUUUAAUAAGUCUAUCAAUCGAAAUUGAAAACCAGUUCCAGUUAUGAGCAAUCUCUUGCUAUCCAACGACCAAAGACAACAUUUUGGGAAUAAAUAUGGUAGUUAUCGAUUUAGUUAUGGCACAACUGGAUGAAAUAUUCGUUUUCAUUUUCAGACUUUUAAAAAAUUUACAUACAAAUCGCAUAAUCUCCAAAUUAUUAAAAAAACAUUAAUUUAUAAUUAUUUAUAACUUUCUAAAUUUUAGAUUCCGCUCUGCGUUUAUGCAUAGGUUUCCAAGACAAACUAUUCCGAAUUUCCGAGAAUAAAAAGUUUGGUAGCUCAUUUUUGAUGAUUGCAUAAUUAGCUAAGCGUAUAAUGUGCCUACUAAUUUAUGCAAUUAAAGAUAAGUUAAAAAAAAAAAUUAUGCAGUUAAAGAUGAUCCAGUGCAACACGUGUAUGUAGACUUGUUCAUUUUAUGUUUCUAGCUAAUGUUGACUUAUAAGAGAAGACACUCGUUGGACAUUUAUAACUUCUCUCGGAUUACAAUCGCGUAUACAAAGUUUCAAGCUUUAAUACCAAGUUACAAGUAUAAAGUACUUGUGUACUUGGUGUCCACUGGUUUAAUAAGUCUAUCAAAUAAGCUUUUUCUUGCUAUCUAAAGAUUAAUAUAAUAUGCUUGCGCGUGUUGUUAAUAUCUUCAAAGAAUAAAAGUGACAUUUCGGAUUAACGUCAUGCAUUGUUUAACAGUUAAGAUAUUAAAUAAUCACAACGAUGAAGUAGUUGCGAUCAAGGAUUUUAAAACGGGGAUGGUGACUAUGAUGGGCAGGCUGACGAACGGACAACUCUCAAGUUCAGGUUCUGUACAACAAUCCACCUCAUUUUUUAGAAGGAUGGCUUUCGUUUUUCUAUUUUUAGAAAGAGACAUAAUUAAUAAUACAGAUUAUUACCAUUAUGCGUUUUCAUUUCACGUGUGUAUAGUCUAUGCCUACAUAUAUAUAUAUAUAUAUGUGUGUGUGUGGGGUUAACACUGUGCCAUCAUCAAAAUCAUUACCAUCAUCAGUUAUGGCUUUUGUUGCAUCACCAACCUAUACUACCUAGUUCUAAGACAAAUUUGUAGUCACAGACAUGUACGUCUCGCUAAAUGGCAAUUUUUCAUGAUGCCAAGGGGUAUACAUACUUAUGCUUAUGAUUUUGAGUUUCCUUUGGAGACAAAAUUAAUCUCUCUUUUUCCUUUUGAUUCUCAGACCUCAGCUGAAAUGACUACAAGUCUACAAGAUUUAGUAUUACGUUGCUUUUUCAAAGGCGUCUGAUUUAGUACGUCAUGACGCCCACACUGAUUACAGCAACGUAAGAGUUAUUAUGUGAUUUAACGGCUGAAAUUGUUUGAGAAGAAUAAAUAAAAAGGGUUUUCUGCAAAAUAAAAACCUUCAAGUGAUUUUGUUUUGCAAGUUUAUCCUCCAAAUGAAAAAAAUGCAAGUCAAACCUCCAUUCAAUCCGCAAUAUAACCCUUCCAUAUAGUAGCCGUGUAUGAUAUGUGUAUAUUUUGACGGAUUUUAAAACUACGUUUGACAAGAAAUUUUAACCACUGAUGCAACUCACGUUUAAUGUAAUAUUGACAUAUUGUUGAAUAUACUAGAUUAUAUAACUAACCUAACAGUGGAAAUAACAGAUCUUCAUCUUCUUCCUCGAGAAAUCUCGUGAAACCCUUUAGUCACCAACCUUCAAUGUCACGAAUGCAUCUACAAAUUUUGCUUCUUCUACCAUUCUUCUAUGUUUAUUAAAUAGGAUUAAUCCGAGAGAGGAUGGUUCUUGGAUAGCUCAAAUUCACGGGAUUAAUUCACGGGAGUAUCGAAGAGCUUACCGAACAUAUGCGUUAAUUCCUGCAAAUUCUGAAAACUUGAAACUACCUAGUUUUGACAAGAAAUUUUAAAACUAACAAAUCUUUUUGAUAUUACGCUAAUAUCAAAACUAACAAAUCUUAGUUUUGAUAUUACGCUAAUAUCAAAACUAACAGAGACGUCUCUUAGUUUUUUUAGUUAAAAGUAUGUCUCUUAGUUUUUUUAGUUAAAAGCUAAGAGACCGUAUCUUAUAUUACGCUAAU